AAAAAAAAAAUGGUAACAGUUAAAAAUGAAACUGUAUUGGUUACUGGUGGUAGUGGCUAUGUAGCAUUAUUUUGUAUUAUUAAAUUAUUAAGAGAGGGAUAUAAAGUUAGAACCACUGUAAGAAAGCUAUCGCGUAAAGAUGAAAUUAUUAGAUUAAUUAGAAAUUCAGGAUUGGCUGUAGGAGAUGAUGAGAUUGAAUUUGUAGAGGCUGAUCUUUUAUCUGAUAAUGGUUGGGGUGAUGCUGUUAAAGGUUGUAAAUAUAUUUUACAUGUUGCAUCACCAUUCCCAGCAGUACAACCAGAGAAUGAAGACGAAGCUAUUAGACCAGCAGUAGAUGGAACUCUUCGUGUAUUAAAAGCAGCUCGUGAUGAUACCAAUGUUAAACGUGUAGUAUUGACUUCGUCUUUUGCAGCAAUAGGUUAUGGUAAAGAAUUAGAUAGACCAUUCAAUGAAAAUGAUUGGACUAUAAUAGACGCAACAACAACUCCCUAUAUUAAAUCCAAAACCUUGGCAGAGAAAGCAGCGUGGAACUUUAUCGAAAAAGAAUGUGGUGAUAAUAGUAAAUUGGAAUUGACUGUUAUUAACCCGGUUGGAGUUUUUGGACCGGUACUUGGUAAUGAUUUGUCAACAUCAAUCGUAUUUAUUAAAUCUAUUAUUGAAAAUGCUUUCCCAGAUGGAUACCCCCAAUUUGGCUUUGGUGUUGUUGAUGUAAGAGAUGUUGCCGAUAUUCAUUAUUUGGCAAUGAUUAAAAAAGAAGCUAAAGGUGAAAGAUUCCUUGCCACAAACAAUGGAUUUAUAAAUUUGGACUACACUGCUAAAAUCCUAAAAGAAAAAGUACCUGAAUUAUCCAACAAAAUUAUUAUUCCAUUGUCAUCGAAUAUCUCUGAUCCAAUAGUAUCUGUUGAUGCAAUAAAUGAUAAAGCUAAAUCAUUAUUAGGUUGGACCCCAAUUUCCACGGAUAAUGCUCUUAUUUCCACCGCUAAAAGUUUAAUUGACCUAAAUUUGGUUUAAUAUUUAUUUUUUAAACAUUUAUAUUGCCUAAAAAAAAUAAUAAAAUCUAUAAAUAUUU